AUUUUAACCAUAGCAAUGUGCCUUCAGGUGUCUUCUACGUUUCUAUACAAUAGUUUUUGUGUAUAGCGUCCAAAAGCAUAUUUCCUGUAGAAAAAAGGCGUCGCUAAGGUGUCACGGCUUGAAGCGAACGUUAAUUAAUCUAACGCUACUUGCUGCGCGAGGUCUCUUUGAGAGCGGCCUCGCGGCGGUCAACCUGUGCGUCAGCUAACUACAGCCCUCUCACCCUCCCCUUUCCCUUCACUUCCCUCCCACUUCUCUCCCUCCCAGUAAAGAGCACUCCGUCUCUGAGCUUCAUUUCCCGCUCCAACAUGUUGGCAGGAGGAGAGAGAGGAGGAUGCUGCGCUCUACACUUGGCGCGUUCUUGCCACAUCUCCGGCCGUCGCACGCUGCCUCUGACUCCGCCUCAGCUUUCAGUUGUCUUCGCCUGAGGGACUUGAGGCAGGAGGUGGAGGACGAACCAAAGGAUAAGCUUGAGAUCAGGAACCCUCAUACCAGGGUCCCCAAAAGGAGCAACAAUCGCAAGAGAGCUGAACAGAGCAACUGCUUCUCAUUUGUGGUGGAAACUACUAAUACCUCAGCAGUGACCGCCUCCUCUGGUUUCCCUCCCUCCUCUUCCCCCUGCUCGGCUCCAAGAUCCAUGUGGCAAGAGGCAAUAAGGAGUAAGCAGUACCUCCUGGGCCGGGCCGGGGAGUCUGGGGAAGGGGAUAAAGGAGGUGGAAGAGGUCACACGAAGAGGAUUAGGUCCCCUGAUUGGCUGUAUGAGUCCUACUACUGUAUGAGCCAGCAGCAUCCUCUGAUUGUGUUUCUGCUGCUCAUAGUGAUGGGAGCCUGUCUGGCUUUGCUGACUGUGUUCUUUGCUUCAGGACUGAACGUUGAGGACCACGUGGCCUUUGUAAUCACUGUGCCCACAGCGCUGGCCAUCUUCCUGGCUGUUUUUGUACUUGUCUGCAUUGAGUCCAUCUUCAAGAAGCUUCUACGUGUUUUCUCCCUGGUCAUCUGGGCCUGCUUGGUUACCAUGGGUUACCUCUUCAUGUUUUCUGGCGGUAUUAUCUGUCCGUGGGAUCAGGUGUCAUUCUUUCUGUUCAUUGUCUUUGUGGUUUAUACCAUGCUGCCGUUCUCCAUGCGGGACGCCAUCAUCGCCAGUGUCCUGACCUCCGCCUCUCACACAAUCGUGUUGAGCGUCUGCCUGUCCACCACAGCUGAUCACGUGGAACCAGUAGUCUGGCAGAUUGUGGCCAAUAUUAUCAUUUUCAUGUGUGGCAACAUGGCAGGGGCGUACCACAAACAUCUGAUGGAGUUGGCACUCAAACAGACUUACCAGGACACAUGCAACUGUAUCAAGUCCCCGAUUAAGCUGGAGUUUGAGAAGAGACAACAGGAGCGUCUCCUGCUGUCUCUGCUGCCAGCUCACAUUGCCCGUGUGAUGAAGGCUGAGAUCAUUCAGAGACUGAAGGGACCUAAUUUUGGCCAGAUUGAAAACACAAACAAUUUUCACAACCUUUAUGUCCAGAGACAUACUAAUGUCAGUAUACUCUAUGCUGAUAUUGUGGGCUUCACACGGCUGGCCAGUGACUGCUCACCUGGAGAGUUGGUGCACAUGCUAAAUGAGCUGUUUGGCAAAUUCGAUCAAAUUGCCAAGGAAAAUGAAUGUAUGCGGAUCAAAAUCCUUGGCGACUGUUACUACUGUGUGUCCGGCCUGCCAGAGUCUCUGCCCAACCAUGCCAAGAACUGUGUGAAAAUGGGUCUGGACAUGUGUGAGGCCAUCAAGAAAGUGCGUGAUGCCACUGGGGUUGACAUCAACAUGCGCGUUGGUGUGCAUUCUGGUAAUGUACUGUGUGGCGUGAUUGGACUUCAGAAAUGGCAAUAUGAUGUUUGGUCCCACGAUGUCACGCUGGCAAAUCAUAUGGAAGCAGGAGGUGUACCUGGGCGAGUUCACAUCACCUCAGUGACACUGGAGCACCUGAACGAGGCCUACAAAGUGGAAGAUGGGGAUGGCCAAGAAAGAGACCCCUACCUGAAGGAAAACGGAGUCGUCACUUAUCUGGUCAUCAACCCAAAGGUGGAGCGUCGGAGCCCACAGCAUCAUUACCGCUCCAGACACACUAUAGACGGAGCGAAGAUGAGAGCCUCCGUCAGGAUGACACGCUACCUCGAGUCCUGGGGAGCGGCCAAGCCAUUCGCCAACCUGCACCACAGAGACAGCAUGACUAAUGAGAAUGGAAAAAUUAACACUGCUGAUGUGCCGAUGGGGCAGUAUCAAUUCCAGAGGAGAUCAGAAAGAACAAAGUCUCAGAAGAAACGGUUUGAGGAGGAACUGAACGAGAGAAUGAUCAAGACCUUUGAUGGGAUAAAUUCACAGAAACAGUGGCUCAAGUCCGAAGACAUCCAAAGAAUAUCGUUAUUUUUUCACAACAAAACUUUGGAGAAAGAGUACAGAGCAACAACUUUACCGGCCUUCAAGUACUAUGUCACCUGCGCCUAUUUGAUCUUUUUCUGCAUUUUUAUUGUGCAGAUUCUCGUCCUUCCAAAGACAACUGUUUUGGGGAUAUCCUUUGGAACAGCCUUCUUUAUCCUUUCCCUGAUCCUCCUCAUAUGUUUUAUUGGACACUUUCUUCACUGCAGUAAAAGCGCCUCCAGUUCUUGGAUGUGGCUUCUGAGGUCAUCAGUCAUUAUUGCCAACAAACCCUGGCCCCGCAUCACCCUCACCAUGACAACUACAGCUCUAAUACUCAUAAUGGCAGUCUUCAACAUGUUUUUUUUAGAAGACAAUUUGCAGCCACCGGUUCCUGUUUACAAUUCCUCCAAUGAAACACAGUUUUACACUAAUGGCCAACUACUUACGGGCAAAAACAAUUUCUACCUUCCCUAUUUCAUUUACAGUUGCGUUCUGGGACUCAUCUCUUGCUCUGUGUUCCUGAGGAUCAACUAUGAGCUGAAGAUGAUUAUCAUGCUCAUAGCCGUUGUGGUUUAUAAUGUCAUUAUUCUACGAACACAUGCCUCUCUACUUGAUGAAUAUAGCAGAUUCCUGUACAAGACUGAAAGCCUGGACAGGCCAGGAGUUCUCAAAGACCUCAAGACUAUGGGAUCUAUCUCCCUCUUCAUCUUCUUCAUCACUCUGCUUGUACUUGCCAGACAGAAUGAAUAUUACUGUAGGUUAGACUUUCUGUGGAAGAACAAGUUCAAGAAGGAGUGCGAGGAGAUUGAAACGAUGGAAAACCUCAACCGGGUUUUGUUGGAAAAUGUCCUACCUGCACAUGUUGCAGAACAUUUCCUGGCACGCAACUGGAAGAAUGAGGAUUUGUAUCACCAGUCCUAUGACCUGGUGUGUGUCAUGUUCGCCUCCAUCCCAGACUUUAAAGAGUUCUACACUGAAUCUGACGUCAACAAAGAAGGACUUGAGUGUCUCCGGCUCCUCAAUGAAAUCAUUGCUGAUUUUGAUGAGCUGCUUUCGAAACCUAAAUUCAGUGGCGUGGAAAAGAUCAAGACUAUUGGCAGCACCUACAUGGCUGCUACUGGGCUUAAUGCAUCACCUGGGCCUGAGUACACAUCCCAGGAGCAUGAGAGGCAGUACAUGCACAUCGGGACCAUGUUAGAGUUUGCAUUUGCUUUGGUGGGAAAGCUGGAUGUUAUCAACAAACACUCUUUCAAUGACUUCAAACUUAGAGUUGGUAUCAAUCAUGGUCCAGUAAUAGCUGGAGUCAUUGGAGCCCAGAAACCACAGUAUGAUAUCUGGGGGAACACGGUGAAUGUAGCCAGCAGAAUGGACAGCACUGGAGUCCUGGGAAAAAUACAGGUGACGGAGGAGACGAGCCGGAUCCUUCUCACACUGGGCUACAUGUGCUCUUGUCGAGGCAUCAUCAACGUCAAGGGCAAAGGAGAGCUCAAGACCUACUUUGUGCAUACGGAGAUGACCCGCUCAAUGUCCCAAGGGAAUGUAAUGCCGUAAGACUGGUUCAGAAAAUUCUUAAGUUACACAAGCGACAAGAACAAAUGUUUAUUAAAGAUGGAGCUGUAUUCUGCUCACUGCUGUUACACAAAGGAACUAGGUCUGCCCAUGCUACAGCUGUAGUACACAUGGAGUUACUUACUUUAUGUAACUCAGGGUAGCAUGUACAGCAAUAAGCCAGGAACUAUAUUUGAAAAGAAUGUUUGGUCCAGAAAAGCCCCAGUGGCACACAGAUCACUUUGCUUUUUUUCAGCAGGUUGCAACAAAAACAAAAUCUGUAUUUCAGAUGUCAAACAAUGUCCAUGAAGUAGAAGAUAAACAAACUUCCACUUUUCCAACCAGGCCUCUUGAAAAGAACAUCCAAGACAAGAAUUAUCAAGUGAACACUACAGAAACGACAUGCUGGUGUGAAUGGCUAUAAGGACCUCUGCUGACCUGAAUAAUCUUUAAUCAAAGGGAGCAGCAGUUGGACAAUCGGAUGUUAAAAGGGAAAAACCACUGUUGCAAAGGAGAAGAGUAACAUAAAAAAAUAGCAGCCCGUCAACCUUGUUAGAAGCACGAAGUCUUGGAUGUAUUUUACAGGCAACACAUGAAAUGGAAAAGCAUGAAUAUAUUGUGAUAUUCAUGCAGGAUUUAGUUUCCCAAACCUGUCUUUGCAAUUUAAAUGUCAUCGAUCGUUUACGAUUGUUGGCAUUCUGUAGGUCGUGUACCUGCUGUUUAGACAACACUGAAAACAAAGGGAUGAAGACUUAUUUGGGAAACCCGAAGCUGAUCUGUGUACAGGGUGACUUUAGACGGCAAAUGGUACGGUGGUUUUGUAACAAAAGAAAAUGCUACCCAAAGUGUUUUAUGAUGCAAUUGUUUUUUGUAAAAACUUCAUUAAAAUUUCUAUGUAUAUUUGUUAUUA